AAUCACGAGAACAUCUUUUUGGCCCCAGCUUCCCCACACUCCGGGCCGCUGCCACCGACGUAUACAUGGCGGCAAAAUACCAUAUUGUGGAUUUCAAUAUACCCAGCCUAUCACGUCGAGCUCCCCUUAUAUUCGGCAAUCUGCCUAAGCUAGUUUCAAACAUAUCUUCAGUUCAUUCCCGAGAGCCCCGUACAAGAGAACACCUUGUGAUGUCUUCUCUCCAGCUAUGAAGGGGCGGAAAAUUUAUUACCGAGUAUGCGGGGAUUCAUUGAAGUUUUUUUAAAGAUGGACUUUUAAUUUACGGACGGAUUCCCGCUCAACCUGGUGAUUCUGGUGAUUUGCCAUGGACCGAGGGGGAGCUUAUGAGAUGAUUCUGAGUAGUAAUUGCAAUUUGUGAGAAAGUACUUAAGAUGAUAUGAUCCUAGUGAUUGAAAUCUAUUCGAAUGAGCUGUAAUACUUAUCUGACCUUAACACCUCCAUCAGAGGUCUCGUUGACAUCAUGAAAACAGCUGCUAUUUUGAGCGUGUUGUCCUUGGCAGUGGAGUCAGUGUAUUCCCAAGCUGCCGGAUAUAGUCAAUGUACUUUUCACCAAUCCAUAUUGUCGCCAUUUGACAGUUACUGAUUUGAGAUAGGUGGUGGAAGCAAUUGGACGGGAGCGACUACUUGCGUUUCUGGAUAUGUCUGUCAAUCUCAAAAUGCGUGUAAGAGAUGAACCAACCGCUAGCUCUAUAUACCCAAGAAUGCUUAAUUUUUAUAGAUUACUCCCAAUGUCUUCCCGGGACAGGUACUUCAGUAGCCACAACUUUGACCACGACAACCAAGAGCAGCACCGCAUCCGCUACCUCUAAACCAACUACAUCCACAGCUUCAUCAUCGAAAGCGAGCUCGACGGCAGCCUCGACGGUGCAAUCAGCAUGCACUGCAGCAUUUACUCCAGUUACUGCUUCAGCAGCAUUUGCAGCAUUAAAUCCAGGAUGGAAUCUUGGAAACACUCUGGAUGCUACCCCAGAUGAAGGAUCUUGGAACAACCCUCCUGUCGUCCCAGCUACAUUCACUGCAGUUAAGGCCGAGGGAUUCAACAGUGUUAGAAUACCAGGUACUAACUCACUCCAAUUCGUCUAUUAUUUAUCAUUUGAAGGACACUGACAAAAGUCAUAGUUACCUGGGCAUAUCACUUUGUAACAUCUUCCCCAAGCUGGACUGUCAACACCACUUGGAUGGAUCGCGUUGAAACAGUCGUCGAUCAAGCCCUUGCUACGGGCAUGUAUGUUAUCCUCAAUGUCCACCACGACUCCUGGAUCUGGGCCGAUGUCUCUGCAUCUGGAGCAAACCUUACCAUGAUCGAAGAGAAAUUCUCCGCUCUUUGGUCUCAAAUCGGGACCAGAAUGAGAUGCAAAUCUAGUAAAUUGAUCUUUGAGCCGAUCAAUGAGCCGCCAGGAACAACGCAAGAAAAUGCCAACGAACUUAAUAAACUCAAUAACAUCUUCCUCGCGGCCAUCAAUCAGGCAGGAGGUUACAACCCUCAACGUGUAGUAGCCCUUUCAGGUCUUCAAAUGAACUCAGUGUAUACUGAGCAAUGGUUUGCAAAGCCCACAACCUACACUUCUCAACCAUGGGGUCUCGAGUUCCAUUAUUAUUCACCAUACAGCUUCAUCUACAAUGCUUGGGGAGAUACCAUCUGGGGUUCCGAUGCCGAUAAAGCCGCUCUAACAGAAGACUUACAACUUUUCGCAGGUAAUUUCUCAGGCAUCCCGACGAUGAUUGGAGAGUGGCAAGCCACACCUGUCCUUGUCGCUGAACCCGGUGCUAGAUGGAGGUACACAGACUAUUUUGUGAAAACCGCCAGAAGUUUUGGUUUCGCACAUGUACUCUGGGAUAAUGGACUUGACUUUUUGGACCGCGACACAAAUACCUGGUAUGAUCCUAUCUCAAUGUCCGUCCUCUUCAACGCCGCCAAAGGAGUCUCAAACUCUCUCCCAGAUGGCACGGUUGAUACUUCCGCCACAUCUCAAAAUACCUCAGCGUAUCUUUUCCACAAAGUCGGAGAUCCAGUCGUCGCACAAUCUCUUCCAUUCCUCCUGAAUGGGAAUACCUUGACAUCCAUUACAACAUCUACGGGCACAACACUAGCAACAUCUUCAUACAGCAUAACCUCUGCCGGAGUUCUAACCUUCACUCAAGCUUAUCUCUCAACCCUCUAUUCAUCCACAUCUGCCGCUGGAAUCAAAGCCACUCUAUCAUUAACUUUCUCCGCGGGCUCACCAUCCCAAAUACAAGUUGUGCAAUGGGCCACUCCAACACUCUCACAAACCUCCUUUAGCAAAGAAACUAGUUCAGACCUCACGAUCCCCAUCAACUAUGCCGGACUCUCAGAAGUCGCCGCUGUCAAAGCUUUGAAUGCAGAUGGAUCAUACAUGGUCUCUGGUGAUUCCUGGACUCAGUAUCUGGGUCCAUUAGAACAAGCUCGAUGGACUUAUUCAUCCUGGAAAACCAGUAGUGCCGGGUUGACAAUACCUGUUGCAGGAUUGCAGGUUAUUGCUGGCACAGGAAAGACUGAUAUUUUGACACUUGAGGUGCGUUUUUUUUUUCACUUUUUCGAAAUUUCACUUUUGCCUCCCCGAUUACCCCUUCAUUUGCCCUCGCUUCCUGUUUCCGUACAACAAAUCUAAUACUGAUGCCAAUAUAGUUUUUCCCAAGAAUCCUAGGACAAAAUAGCGUGAAUAUUACAUUCACAUAAACUUAGAUUGAAUGAAUAAAGUAAGAUAACUCUAUCAAGCGUUGUGAAUAUAUCAAAUCGUCGAACUCGGAUUGCAUAUAGUUUUCUGUAAAUAAAUUGAGCUGUACAUAUUCUUC